GGGGUGUUGUCGGGAUCAGUUGAACUGUCGAGGACUCUAUACUGUUUCGACCGUAGGGGAAAUGUUUAUUAAAGAACCUCGGGAUGCUUUCCCCCAUCCAUCGAGGAGCAUGCCGCCGCAUAGACCUGCAAUCGCACCAGAUUCCUGAUUCUGCAGAUUUCGUCGACUCCAAGGAUGCGAGGGAUUUCUAACAUCCUCGGCCUGGCUAUUGCCAUAGCAGUUUUAGCCGUGCAACACGCUGUGCAGGCUGCGCCAACGCCAGCUGUCGCUGCUGGCAUUCCGCUUGCAUUCACACCCCCUUUGCGUGCUGAAGGAAGGGAUUUCGUGGAUGCAGAGAAUCGUGUCGUCAUCUUGAGAGGGUUCAAUGUUGCAGGCCGAGCCAAAAUUCCUCCUUUCCGCUCGAUUACAGAUCCUUCCCAACUGGAUCCGCUCCCAAAAUGGGGCGUCAAUGCCGUACGAUUGCUUUUCACUUGGGAGGCCUAUGAAGGAGGAGGUCCAGGAAAAAUAGACGAUGGAUACAUGCAAUACUACUUGAGCUUGAUUGACGAGCUGUACAAGCGCGGGAUCGCUACUAUCGUCGAUCUACAUCAAGACUCAUAUUCACGUUGGAUAAACGGAGGCUGCGGAGAUGGUUUCCCAGAAUGGACGAACGGCCCGGAUAUCACCAAAAAGCAGCCGAAGAACGACAAAUCUUGCUCAUCAUGGGGCUCAGCACAAUACUUGGACGGGAACUUCCACAGUGCAUGGGAUUCGUUCUGGAAGAACAAGUAUGGCGCAAGGAGCGCAUUCCUGGCCAUGUUGAAGCGAGUCGCAACCGCAACCGCGCACCGUCCGGGAGUUAUUGGCUUCGACCUCAUCAACGAGCCCACCGGUGACGAAAUUCCGCAGUUUGUACCCUUCUAUCGUGAUGCCGCGGCCGUUGUCCGCGCGAUACAUCCGACAACGUUGCUGUUCCUCGAGCCAGCGGGAUUGACAGCUAGUGGAUUGACCGGGUCGAAGUUGAAUGGAGACGGGCUUCGCGAUUUGACCAACAUUGUCUAUGCGCCACAUUUCUAUGAUCCCACUGCCACAGCGGGGAUUUGGCUAGGCGUUCAGCCGGGCCCAACCGUCAAGCGCUAUCAGCAAGAGGCCGCGAAAUGGGGUCCCACCAUCGCCGUCUCAAAUUCAAGCUCCGUCGUCGCCGCCGGGGGCGUGCCCAUGCUGGUGGGCGAAUUUGGGGCUCCGGAAGCCAGCGCCAACUACAUCCGAGCGUUUUACGACGGUCUUGACGCCAAUUUUGCUAGCGCAAUGCAAUGGCAAUUCGAACCUUUGUGGGAUGCGGUUAACAAGGACGGGUGGAAUGUCGAGGACUUUAGCGUGUUUGCGUUGAACAAGACCCGCCGGAAUUUCGUUCCACGUCCCUAUUUGCAGGCUGUGACUGGGAUCCCCAUUCUUUUCACCAUCAGUGGAACUACGAUCUCCGUUCAAUGGACACAGAAACAAGCAACAAGCGAAACCCUCAUUCACGUUCCUAAUCUCUCGGCUAGCGCUACGGUCACUUCCACCGGGGCUGUGGCAGCUCAGUGUACGGUCGACGUUGCGGCGCUGAAGGUGCGUUGCAAGUCAACGGGAACGGGCAAGAUCGCCAUCAGCAUCCAAACGAAGUAGCCCGACACAUACCGCAGUUCACUGCAAAGAUGUUCCAGACCUGCUUUAGACCGGCAUUCGAAUAGUCGUUAGUUUACAUACAUUAGCUGCAAUGUUCCUCCUACCAUCAAAGCGGCUAGCUACCUGUGUACCGAAGUUUCUGGAAUCAACAUUCUCUGGAACUGAUGCAAAGAUUGACAG